AUGUUCUUUCAAGCCAAUGGAUACAGGACUAUCUUUUGCUGCUUCAACCAGCAUCAAAACGAGUUGAUGGUAACAAAUGAGCUUGCUGAUUUACAAAGCGUGCAAAACGAGAAGGUGUUGUAUUUCCUCAGAAAUAUAGAGGACAAUGUCGCAGUAUCAUCAGAAUGCAAUAAGGACAUAUCAUUUGGGCUGUUUGGGAGCCAUUCAAUCAAGAACCUCAAUGUCAUGAUACAGGAAGUAUACGUCCCUUUGUUAGAGGCAAAUCUGUUGAGAGGACACAGAGACAACACAGAUAAUUUCAGAAAUCAGCUUUCAAGAUUCUCUAUGUCUUUACUUGACCUGGUCCAGACGAUUGACUCAAGGGUGAGGUUGGAAAAGCCAGGCGAGGAAUUACUUUCUCGGCUCUCUACUCAACUGAUGGAUGCUCCAAACAACUCGGAAAUGAAGAUACAAAUACAACAUCGACUUCAACAUCUCCUUGGACAUUGGUAUAACUCAGCCAAGAAGGUUUUGCAUUACGGACAAGAAGAUUUGAAUGAUGACAAAGAGUCAGGACCGGAUUCAACCCUCAAGUUUUGGAGGGAGCGCCUGGCCCGCCUUAACGCAUUGCACGAACAACUAGAAGCAGACGAUUCUCAAAAGAUAUUGAAAGCAUUCAAAGACUUUGAUAGCGAGGCAGGAAACAAAUGGGAUGACUUAUUCGUCGAGCUCCGCGAAUCAAUACAAGAAUCUCACGAGAAUGUGCGGCAUCUGACUAGUCUCAACAGAAAUUUCGAAGUUUUGUACUCUGGAAAUCCUGCAAAGAUUGUUGAAGAGCUCCCGUCUAUGUUUUCAAAGAUCAAGAUGGUGCGUGUCAUGUCGAAGUAUCUGCAGAGUGGUCAGAGUAUGACGGCUCUCUUCGUAAGAGUGACAAAUCAGAUGAUACGUCGCUGUAAGGAGUACAUACAGAUGAAUGGAGUGCUAUGGAAGAAUGAUUCAAAAACGAUAUUUCACAGAAUCCAGGAAUGUCUUAACCUCAAUCGUCAUUACCAAAUUCAAUUUAGAGCAGCCAAACGCGAAAAAGCAGGUGCGAUGAAAGAGCUGCCAUUCUCAUUCAACGAAUCUUUAAUAUUCGCCAAGUAUGAAAGAUUUGCAUUGCGCUUAGAAAAACUUUUAGAACUCUUCUCUAUUCAUGACAUGUUUACUUUCCUGUCGACACAAAGCUUGUCGGGACUUGGCCCAGUAUGUGACCAAUACUUCGCUGCAGUGAAUAUUAUUAAGAGCCGUCACGUUGAUCUAAUGGAUUUUUUUGACCAAACUUUUGAUCGCGACUUCACCUAUUUUAAAGAGAUUGUUGAGGAUUUGGAGGAAGGGCUGAGGGGAAUUAUUGAAGAUGACUUCAAAGAAGCAGAAACAACUGAACAAUCCUUAGAAAUUCUCUCAAAGCAUAAAGCCUUGAUGAGACGGCAAUCUCUGAAACCUUUUUUGAAUCAAAAGCUGAUGGAGAUCUUCAUCAACUUUUCUCAGGAUCUAGAUAUCGUCACUGAAAGGUAUGAAUCACAAAAAUAUGAACCACCUAUGCCUCGAAAUUUUCCUCCAGUCACAGGCAGAAUUGUGUGGGCAAGACAAAUGUUGAAGUUAAUUGAAAUUCCUAUGCAAAAAUUCCAAGAAAACAACGCACUCAUGAUUACAAAAGAGUCAAAAGCAAUAAUUCGGAAAUAUAACAAAAUCGCCAAAGUCUUGAUGGAGUAUGAAAUCGUACUUGAACGUUCCUGGUUACAAUCGGUUGAGACUAUACACAACUGUUUGCAAGUAGCAGUCAUUGCUUAUGACGAAUCGAAUGGUGACUGUUUUGCGAACUUCGACUCAAACAUAUUUUUGGUUCUACGAGAAGCCAAAUUCAUGAAGAUGCUUGGUCUAAAAGUGCCUCGGGACAUACACGAACUUAUUCAACGGGAGUGGUUCCUUAAAAUAUCUCUUGAAAAGCUUCAAUUUGCCCUAAGUGAUUACCGUUCUCUUAAGAAAAUGAUAAGCUCAAUCUGGAGCGGAAUAUUUUAUGGGCACUUGUCCCGAAUUGAACAACUUCUAAGUCGAGGAAAGACUGAGAUAAAGUGGACAAAUUUGGGGCUGGACUCGUAUAUAUUGUCGAUUCAAGACUACUUGAAUUACUUUAUGGUUGUGUUUAGAAAAGCCAAGGACAUUUAUGAAAACAGAAUUCUGAGAAAUUUGAAAUUCAUAACAACAAUUCAGUUGGUUGAUAUGCCAAAGGAAAUAACAAGUGUCAGUGCAUUUAUCACGAAAGAACAAGAAAUGAUAAAAGAAAGAGUCAAUUUCAUUGAUCAACGAUGCUUAGAAAUAGAGAUCGCGAUAUUCGACAUUCUUGACAUGAUUCGUUACACUGUACAGAAUGAUGAAACUUUUACCAAAAAGUCGGAACAACAAUUCUUUGAGGAUGUGUGGGAAAUGGCGUAUCAUGCUAUAUUAGUCUGUGUCAAGACAUCUUUUCAUAAUCUGAAGACAAGAAUACGUGGGACUUUGAAAGAUCAUGUGCUCGGCGAGAUGAAUCCCAUAUUCAUGGUCAACUUAGAACUGAUUCCUCCUCGACUACAGAUAACGCCUGACCUGGCCACAAUGCAACAGGCUGUGAAUCGCAUUGCUAUGCAUAUGUUGAAAUCAAUCAAAAUUUCUCCUUGGAGAAUUUUUCUUGAGAAAGACGCUCAAAGGUAUUCUAUUUCAACACGAAUUUUAAAAAGUAUUGAGAUUGUACGGUUGGUAUUGAUAUUGACAGGUAGCAUAGAGAGGGUCAACAUAUCAAUUCAAAGAUACCUUGAUUCAUAUCAUGAGUUCGAUUACAUUUGGAAUAAGGACAAACGGUCAGAUCUAUUAGAAUUCUUGAGCACUGAUCCAACGGUUGAUGAUUACAUCCAGAGAUUGCAUGAUUUUGAUCUGCUCAUCCAACGCAUUUCAAACAUUCAGAAAGCUUCGUUUUUCGGACCAAUAUGUGUUUCAAACGUGAAGAUGAUUCAGAAAGUUGUGGGUAUCGUUCGGGACUGGAAGUUCUUGUACACCAAACAAUUAUUUUUGUCAGCUGAAGAAGACUUCAAUGUGAACAUGGAGUGGAUUAUUGACAUGAACUCUAGAUUGAAAACUCGAAUUCGUGAUCUAGACGAAGUUGUGUUGGCUCGGGACACUCUGUCAGAAAUACACAAGGUUGAAGCUGAUUUCGAACAGGUUCUCAUUUCCAUAGAUUCCAGGUGUAGGGUUGCUGUUGAAUUCGGUUACAUCUCUGAAAAAAAUCUGGAUUUGCACACGAACAUCAAGAAUGCCUGGAAUGAGUUGCUAGUGAAUGCAAGGAAGACGUCUGACAGACUAAAACAUACACAGCAAAAUUUCAAGAUUGAUCUGCGAAUUGCUAUGAACAGUUUCAUGAAUGAGAUUCGUGCUUUGCAGCAAGAGUACAAAGCAGCAGGGCCUUCAAAUAAAGAUUUGUCUCCGGAAGUUGCCCUUGAGAGAAUUGCAAGGUUCCAAAAGCAGUUUGAUGAGAAGCUGAAAAAAUUGAAUAGCUUGCAUCAAGGUCAGGAACUAUUUGGGCUUGAAAAGACAAAGUUCUCAGAAUUCGAAGGAAUUCGCAAAGAAUUUGCCAAACUCUGCCAAUUCUUUGCUUUAUAUUCUGCUGGAAUCGACACUGUCGAGGGAUUCAAGAAUUUAAGGUGGACAAAAGUGUCUUCACGUCUUGGUCAAGUAGAAGAACGACUAAAGGACAUUGAAAGAGAUCUCCAUCUACACUUUCCAACCUUCUCUGACUAUAGAGCAUUUCAGAAUUUGGAAAGCGAGCUCCAAUUGACAUCUCAGCUUUUACCUCUGAUCAAAAUGCUCCAAACAUCAUUUUUCUUACCCAGACACUGGCAGCAACUGACAAUGAGAAUGAACAUCUCUUUAGAUUUCAAAUCUUCCAACUUUAUUGUAAAAGAUGUUUUCGAGACGAACAUCCUUGAUUACACCAAUAUUGUUGAAGAUAUAUACGCCUUAGCAGAGCAAGAAUGCAGUGUUGAGAAGCAGAUCAAAGAGCUGUAUAAAUUAUGGGAGGAGUCCUCUGUUCCAUUUGAAAAGUCAUCGAACUCCAACCAAGUAAUGAUAAGAGUCAAUGCAGCUCAACAUCUAAUUGAACAAUUUGAAGAAGCAAUAAUUACCCUACAAUCUUUCAUGAGAAAAUCGAAGCAGUUUAUCACUGAAAUCAACGACUUGAUGGGAAAAUUUUCUUCUUUCAUCGACCUUGUUGAUUCAUGGCUUGGAAUUCAGCAUGUCUGGUGGAAUGUUAAAGUGGCAUUUUCUGCAGAUGGAGUGAAAAAGCAACUCCCACCAGAAGCGAAAAACUUUUUCCCCAUAGACGCAGCCUAUUUGAAAAUAAUGGAUGAAUGCUUCAAUUUGAAAUAUGUUCCUCUCAUUAAUUCUCGCUCAGAGGGAUUCAAGUCUCAAUUUUCUUCUUUGAAGACAGAAUUUGAGUCCUGUCAGAAGUUUUUGGCGGGAUAUUUGAAUCAGAAAAGACAAGAUUUCCCUCGUCUUUACUUGUUGUCAGAUUCUUUACUGCUUGAAGGGAUGUCGUCGAUAAGAGAUAUCAACAAUGUCCAAAAAGGAGCGGUUUUCACAAUUUUUGAUAAUAUUGCAUUGUUUCAUUUUUCCAAUUCCGGUCUAGGAGAUAUUGUCAGUAUUGAAUCACGUGAAGGAGAGGUAUUGGAGUUUGAAACGCAAGUUUCGUCCAAGAACAGCAUCGAGACAGUUCUGUGCCAUGUGGAAAUUGCAAUCAAAGAUUGUCUCAAGAAGUUGAUGAAGGAGACAAUGAUCCUUGACCCGGAAGCGUUUGACUGGAUCCUUGACGUGCCCUGUCAGAUUGGAAUUCUGUGGUUUCAAAUCACCUGGACAUCUUUGGUCGAAGCCAAAGUUUCGAGUGAUUUGGACGGUAAAGGGCUUGGAAACACUGUCAGUGGAUACAUAUCCAAGUGGCAAAUAGGAGUUUCUUCUCUAUUUCAACAUGAUCUGACAGCUGCGGAAUAUCUCAAGGUGCAAUCAACCUUGACGAUUCUCUUUGGAUUAAGAGACACAACCACAGAGCUUCUGAACAGGAAACUGAGAAGCAGCCAGGAAUUUGAUUGGCAAAAGCAGCUGAAAUAUCGAUAUGCUGCUGAAGAAAACCAGUCCUACAUGGAAGUGAUGGGGAGAAACAUGAACUAUGAGUAUGAGUUCUCAGGUUGUAAACCAAGAUUAGUUCAGCAUCCGAAUAGCAAUCGCUUCUUCACAUUUGCCAUGUAUACAUUCAUGAAUGUGAAUUACGUUCUUGUGAAAGGAGACAUUGAAACUGAAAAGAAUCAGACAAUACAUGAACUUUCCAGGAUGGUAGGAAGGUUUACUGUCAGUUUCGAAUGCCUUUCAGACCACAACUUGAAUUUCCUAUCAAACAUUUUGAAUGCUGUCUCAAAAUCAACGUGCUGGGCGUAUUUCAAAUCUAUGGACAGGAUUUCCCCUUCGUUGUUAUCCGUUCUAACAACUCAACUUAUACAGUUGGUGGAAUUGCAGCGGGCUAAACCUAAUUGUCAACAUGCAUGUUUGUUUGCAAGUUUAGACCAUUCGACGACAUCUGCAAAGUAUCUCAGGAUAUUCCCGUCAAAUUUAAGGUCGAUGUUUAGAACCGUGAGCCUGCAGGGUAUUGAAAUUGGAACCUUUGUUGAAACCAAGCUUCGAGUUGCUGGUUUCUUUUAUUCCAAGGACAUAGCAAUGAAGUUUGCCUAUCUGGAGAAAUUAGUUCAAACUAUGACGUUUACCAUCAAUCCAGCAGUACUGAGUUUGAGGAAAAUAGCGAUGAUCAUCGAUUCUUCCAUCAACGAGAAAGGUAACAAUCCGGAUUUCGAUGAGUUCUCAUCAAUUUCGAACAACAUUGCGAGGGUUGUUUCUGUUCAAGUCAGUCCAGAAGCAUUCAGAGAAUUUGAAAUAUUUCUGUUUGAAAUAUUUCAACGCGGAGCUCAUGAUAGAAGCUCCCAGCUCACCAACAAUUAUUUCAAGGCCUCAGAAUUGGAAGCUGUCUUGCUGAAAACAUGUGAGAUUACAGAGCUCUUGCCUAAAACAUCUCAAAUCUAUGACUACUGCGAUUCACAUCCACAAACAAUGUUGCUUGGAAGCUCUGGGACUGGCAAGACUUACUCCAUGAAUGCACUCAUAUCCGCGCUUGCAAGCAUAGACGAGAAACAUAAAGCUGUAUAUUUGAAUCCUGCAAGCCUCAGCAACGAAAUCAUCUUCGGAAGGCACAAGGGAGGUGGUGAGUGGGCCGAAGGAUUGUUUUCACUUAUUGUGAAGAAGUUUCUGAAAUAUGAAGAUAGAAAUUUAUGGGUAAUUUUUGAUGGUCCUUUCAAUCCAGAAUUCUUUGAUCAUUUUGCGAACAAGCAUUAUGUGCAGAUAUCGAAUGGAGACAUCUUUCCAGUGAAGAAUGACGUCAGGAUCAUCUUUGAAACUUGUGAUUCUGAACACCUGUCACCAUCCGUCUUGUCUCGUCUUCCGCUGGUUUACUUCGGUUCAAACUUGAUCACAUCGAAGUCGUUGAUUUCUCUUCAUUUUAAGAAGAACGACUUCAUUGGCUUUGAAAAGCUCUUGUAUUACACUGAGAAAAUCUUCCUUCCAUGCUCAGAAUUCUUUGACAGGACAAGUAAAUCUCCACAAAAAUUACAGCAGUCAAUACAUUGCCACAUCUUUUGCAAUUUGUUGCUUUCAGUCCUGAAAAGUUUGAUGAAAAUGGGAAACAAUGUGACCGACGCCAUGAUCGAGAGAAUUGUUGUUUACAGCACUCUUUGGACGUAUCUUCCGAUUUCUGAUGAUACCGACAAAAUGAAGUUGGAACGCAAGAUCAGAGAGCUGUGUCCGAUAUCACCCUCAGGUCGCAAGGGUUCCACGGAAUCUACCAUGUUGGAAUUCGUUCUUCACGAAAAACCAGAGCAUUUUGCAACGAAAUGGGUGCCAGCAUCUCAGUUGGUGGAUGCCGAUUACUUCCCAUAUGAAUAUGACACGUUGCAAUUUGAUGUCUUGGACGUCCCGACAAGUGAAAGCCUGGCCGUCAGUUACGUCAGCAGUUUCCUUUGCCACUGCGGUCUGGCAAUGGUGAUAGCUGGGCCUUCAAGAGUCGGUAAGAGUGCCAUCGCUGAGCGAUGCUUGAACUUCAACUCAUCCCUUGGCAAACAUGUCGGCAGCACACGGCUCUGCACAACCUCAAAUUCAACUCAUCUAGAAGACAUGUUGGUCCUCAUACACUCCAAGAACAGCCAAAAGUACAGAAACUUGCACGAGAGCUCAUUAUACUUUCUGAUAGAUGACAUCAACAUUCCUCGGUCGGACAAGUUCGGUCAAAGUGCAUCCAUGGAAUGCCUCAAGGUAUUGCUGGAGCGUAAUGGUAAUUACAGUUAUCAAAAACUGGGGGAUUUUCAUGAUGUAACUGGGACAACAUUUGUGGCUACAGCAAUGCUCCUUUCACAUGAUUGUAUCAUUCCCCCUCGACUGCAAAAAUACUGUCUGCAAGUUAUCCUUUCAGAGCCAUCAUCAGAGAAAUUUCGCAUGAUAUUUGAGCAUUUGUGUAGAAAAGCCACCCAAAACAAAUUUAGUUGGAUAUGGGAUGUGAAGACUGCAAUACAUGCUUGUGCAGGCGCUGCUGCGGAGUUACUAUCCAGUUUACGUGAGACGAUGAUGAGCAGUCAAAGCUCUUCUUACUUAAGGUUCGAUAUGAGCAAUGGCUUCAAGAUUUUUCAAAGGUUCUUAGGAAUCAUUCUUCGAUCAGACUCUGUUUCUGUGGCAAGAGAUAUUGCUUCCCUCUUUGCCUACGAGUGCAGCCGUGAGCUUAGAGAUCAAAUGGCAGAACGCAACAGAGUGAUCUUUGAUAACUUCUUGGACCGAGCAGUCGCUCUUGUCCUCAACUCAAGUCGUCGGUCUGAUUCUGGUCGAGCGGAGGCGAUUGAACAUGCGUACUGGUUACAUAAUGUUAAGCUUUCGAAUGAUCCAUCGAUGACCAGCCAUGAAUGGACUGUGAGCGCAAUCGAGAAUCUCAUUCCUGCCUCACGUGACCCACAGAUCAACCGAUAUGUGCAGGAUCUGUUCCAUGCGUACAAGCAAGCUUGUGCUCAAGACUCGAAUGAGUAUCUCGAUUUAGACUUCGUCGACUCCUUUCCCAAGAACCUUAUAUGCAUUCAUCGCGCGCUCACCAUGGACAUGGGCAACCUGGUUGUAGUCGGGAGACCCAGUAUUGGCAUCCAGCUGUUCGUACGAAUGGCAUCAUUUGUCGUAUCCGCACAGAUUGUGAAUAUGCAGGUGAAAUCUGAGGCAACCGCUUUGAGUGUAUUGAUGAAAAUGAAAGCUGGUGUAAGAAUGGCAGGAUUCUUGAAUAAGAAGAUUAUUUUUCAAAUCACGCUAGAUAUUGACAGACAUGGUAUUACUUUGGUGGAAGACAUUUUUUCGAAAAUCAAGACAGUUGAUUUCCAAUCUCUCUUUUCGGAUCAAGAAUUUGAGACAGAGUUUCUUUCCAUCACAAAGAAUCACACUGACAAAUCGAUCAUCGAGACCAAAGAAUCAUUUCAUCAUCAAGUGCUACGGAAUGUUCAUUUUAUUAUCAUCAUCCCGAAUCCCCUAUCGAAGUUUUCACUCGUUUGUGAAAGCAUCCCAUCAUCGUUCACUAUCCUUCUGUGGGACACAGGUGCCAAAUCUCCAGUGGAACAGUACGCAAAGGCUAUCACAAAAGAAUUGAUUUUUGACAUAGAAGCUCAUGCUGCUGAAAGCAUGGUCGAUGUGAAGCAAGAAGUUAUCAAGAGAAUACAAGAAGAGGAGAACAGGUCUUCAAACUCCAACGCGAUUGAAAUAUGGGACAAAGUAGACAUUGAGAAUGCUGUACAAGAAGCAAUUGAUAUCCAAACAGAGUCUAUCAACAAUUUGAAAACACGAAUCAAGGCAACAAUACCUAAGUUUAUGGUUGAAAUUCAUUCUAUUAUGAUUGAACAUUCUCAAAAAUUGAAUGAUGAAUUCAAUUUGAAGUCAGAUUUUUCCAUGUACAAUUUUCAAAAAUUUUGCAAAUCGUUUAAGCAACAUUACUUGCAGUCGUACAAAAAGUUGUAUGCUAGACAGUUAAUGCUCAAAGAUGCCGUACAAAAAUUGAUCAGUUGUGAAAACGACAUCGAAAAAUCGCAGAUGAAAAACGUGCAUGGCAAUGAAAUCCUGCAAUCAAAUACCGAGGAUUGCGAAGCGAUCAUGAAGGAUAUUCAGAUGAAUACGACAUUGUUGGCUCGAUAUCAGACAGAGUUUGAAAAUUUAGAAACAUGGUCGCGCUCGCUCAAUUCUGAGUUAGUUCAAGCAAAGAGCAAGCAAGAUGUAUAUCAACGAGUACAUGAUGAAUUGAAGGAAAUCCUUUUAAGCCAGACAGAAUCAAUUGACAGAGACUUUCUUGAAAACCUUUCAAACAAUGAUGAGGUACCUUUGGAGGUAAGACAGGUUUUCGAUCUUUUCCUCAUACUUUUCCUAAGGCCGUUGAAUAAGAUUGAAAUAUUCGAACAAAAUGGUGUCCUGUACAGAAGUGCGAAUUGGAGGGAAACUGUUCAGGUUCUAAAAACUCCGAGGAGGCUUCUGAAGACCUUGAAGAAAAUUGAUAUCAGAGGGUUUAACGCUGAACAGCACGAAUUGAUCAGCGCCUACAUUGAGAGCGAUUCAUUACUUCAGCAGGUUCAAAAGAGUACUUAUUCCUCGCAGUUGCAACCGAUAUGGAAUCUUUUCCAAAGUUUGCAUGCCAGGUUUCAAGAGCUCAACCAAAACAAGAUUGGACAUGAACAAUGUCUCAAGAAAGAGAAAAUCUACGUAUCGACUAACAAUCAAAUUGCUGAAAUCAAAGACAAAAUUUCUAGAGCUCAAGAACAGAUCAGAAUUCUACGACAAGCAUAUGAUGUUGCAGUUGAAAAGAGACAGACCAUGAAUUAUGAAAACGAGCGCAAGCAAAACGAUAUUACAACAGCAGUGGAUCUCAUAAAUGGUAUUCGAGUUCAACAAAAACGUUGGUCAUUGGAAAUUUCGGAACAUGAAUUUGAAAUCGGCAAAAUAGCGGGCGAUUGCUGCAUUGCCGUCGCAUUUCAGACGUACUGCAGUGGUUUCGAUGCGGAGACAAGGAAUGAAAUCUUCAGGAGACGUCUGGUGAAUGUCUGCAAAGAUCUCGGCAUCUCCAUCACUUUGCCUGUGAACCCAUUGAACGGGCUCGUGACCGACCAUGACAUCUUGCAGUGGAGGCGGCAGGGACUCUACCCGGAGGAUAGUUGUAGCGAUGGAAUCUUCUUCAUCUGGCGAAGCAAACUGUGGCCUCUCUUCUACGACCCCUGCGACGUGGUAACGGGGUGGAUCCGAGGGGUGAGCGAGGCUACUGCCGGAGAGUUGAAGUUGUUCCAUGCCCGGGACGACAACCUCCUCGUGAAGACAAAAGAGUGCAUGAAGUUUGGUAUCCCUGCUCUCAUCCAGGACUUCGACCCUGAAACUGCUCAAGAGUUUCAGUCAGUCACCUAUGAAAAUUUUAUUCAUUCUGUCCAAGAGACCACAGACAGCGGACCGCAACCAACCUUUUUUGUUUACAUGCGUACUUCUGAAUUUGACUUCCAGAGGUAUAGCGAAGAAUUUCUCAGCACCAUCACUGUUGUGAAUUGUGCUCCUUCCGAAAGAAUGUUAGAGAUGAAAAUUUUAAGUUCUGUCCUGUUGAUUGAAGACAGCUACAUCGAAAAAGAAAGAAUGUCGACGUUGUCAAAAGAGCUGCAGGUAAACCUGCAAGUCAAAGACAUUCAUCAGAGUCUCCUAAAGUCUUUAUGCACCAUGCAAGGAAAUAUCUGGGAUUCACAUCAAAAAUUGCAAGAAAUUCAAAGUCUAAAAUUUGACUUGCAAAACACAAUCAAGGAACGAAAUGAGUUGAAACGUAAAUGGAGUGCGGUAUCCAGCAACACGGAGCCACAUCUUCCGGUAGUAAAUUUAGCUAAGCAAGUUAUCAAGGCCUUGUCCUACAUGAAAAAGCUCGACUCGCUGUAUUUCAUCUCAUUCCAACGCUUUGUUCAUAUCCUCGGUUCAAUCAUCAAUUCUUUCAAAACUCUCAUGGAGCUUCCCAAACAUUCAGAGGUGAACAAAAUAUCAUUCUUUGAAUUUGAGAUGUAUCGAACGUUUGGAGAGACCUAUGAACCAUCCCACAAGUAUGUCUGGUUGUUGUUGUUUGCCAUGUUCAACGACUCAGAACUAGAGAAUCAUCAUGCGUUUUACGUCGAAUUGAUAGGAUCAAAACCCCUGGAUGCAACUUCAAAGCAUCAAAAUGAGUUGCAGUUGGAACGACUCAAGAAUUUGCAAAUUUUCAGUGUUGAACAGGUUUCUGGAAUGCUGCACUUGAUGGAGAGUUCGCAAACGUUUAAAACGGUGUUAGAGGAUAUUGAAACAAAUGAAACUGAUUGGGUGAAAUGGCUCCAAAGUGAUACGCCAGAAAUGCUCAUUUCUAGCAAUCAUAGAAUCAAAAUGAUUCGAUUUGAAAAGCUUUUGUUGGUGAGAUUUUUGAGGUUUGAUAGAUUUCAACAAGCAGUCAGCAAGUAUUGUAAGGCAGUGGUUCAUUUCGACAUAGAUCAGCCAAUUGUACUUGAUCCUGAGAGCUGCUACAAGAUGUCAAACAUUCAAAUGCCUGUGCUCUUGUUGAUCGAUGAAGGUUCCAACACCUGGUCCCUGCUCCACAACAUGGCUCGUCGGAAGAAGAUCCCGAUACGAACAGUCUCCAUGGGAGAAGGUCAGAGAGACAUUGCGCAGAAGUAUCUGAUAUCAGGACCUUCCUCAGGCAUAUGGUUGAUCCUUGAGAACGUCAACCAUGACAUCACUUUUCUCCACAGCAUUCCAUCGAUCAUCCAGAAAUCAGAAUCGUCGGCAGAUACCUUUCGACUGUUCAUCACUUGCCCACUGAAAGUGAAUCUGCCUCGCAAUCUGGUCGAGAUCUCUCUGGUGAAAUGUGCGAUAGAACCAAGAAGCUUCAAGGAGAAGUUGUACGCGACCAUCACUUGGGUCUCACAAGAGUUGUUGGAUAUUGACAAGGAGAUGGAACUGAAGUAUGUUCUGCUCUCCACCUGCAUACUGCACGCAAUUGCGAGGGUUCGAUCCAAGUAUCGAGCCAUUGGUUGGUGCUCGGCCUAUUCUCUGAAUCAAUCUGAUUUCACAUCCAGCAUCCUUCAAAUCAAUCAAAUCGUUCUGGACUCGAUUGAGCACAACAUGCACGGCAGGAGGAUGAUUCCAUGGAGCCUUCUGAAAUCUUUCAUCCUAGAAUUGUUGUUUGGUGCUGAAGUCGUGGGCGCAACAGAUAGAACGAUGAUGGAGAUCAUCGCAAGCAGGUGUCUUUCCUCGAGGAUAUUCUUACCAGAGUUCGAGUUCGCUCCAAUAUUAAGUUUGAGUCAAGGACAAGACGCGGCUGCAAUUUUGCAAUCAUUCAGGGCGGUGACAGGAUAUGACGACAUGUCAGUAAUAGAUGUCGAAUCAUGGGCAGAAAACGAGUUCUGCUCCAACUCAAGCAAAGAAUUGGUUGCAAACUUGCAAGAUCUUUUGAGCAUUGAACAAAGAGGUCAGCCUUCUUAUGAAGACGACAGUAUGCUCCCGCAGUUGGAGUUUUUGGAAGACAAGCUAUUCUUUCAAAAUUGGAAUAACUUUGAUUUUGAUAGGUACUUGCAACACUUUGAGAGUAAACAAAAAUCUCUCAAGGCUAUCAUCAUGCAAGAAAGAUUCAUUAUCAAUCAAAUGUUUGAGAGGCUUGAUGUACAGAUUACAGCUUUGAAACAAAAGAUAGCGACUGGGUCAAAGUUAAGUGCUCAUGACAGAGAGGUUGUCAAGCUCAUUCAAAGAGGCAAGAUGCCGUGGGGGAAUCCAUGGCAAAUUGAGUCCAUUGCUAAGCUCUCAGCCCAUUUAAAUCAUCAUACAGAGCAAAUGAUCGAGUUGACCAAACGAAAACACUUUGGAAGAAUCUGGAUCUCGGGAUUUUCAAAUCCAACUUCAGUGGUCAUGCAUGCAUUCUUUGAAGUAUGUAAGAGGAAGAAUCUUUCUUUCGAUAGCUCCUCUAUCUGCUUCGAGUUUUCUUGGGAGCAUCUUUCUGUGCAAGAUGAUAUCAUAAUUGAUGGACUCAUGAUUCAAGGAGCUAGUUGGAACUCUAGAGCAGGUAAGCUUGUCAAGAAAGAGAGCGAAGAUGUACUUGAAAGCAUACCCUCCGUCUUACUUGCAGUAGAGACCAAGUCUUCAUGGGAAGGCAUGAUGUUUGCUACCCCAUGCUAUGUCUGUCCCUCCAGGAAGGAUGACAACUUGCUCUUCUCGGUCUACCUCCCGACUGAUCUUCCUCCGCAACGCCUUCAACUCAGCAGCUGUAGUUUAUUCUUGCGUGACUGA